CAUCAAUGAUCCAAACCUUUUUCUUUUCCACAACUGUGAUGUCUGGUGUGUUGUGUUCCAGAACUUUGUCAGUCUGGAUUCGGAAGUCCCACAGUAUCUUUGCGUGUUCAUUUUCCACGAUCUUUGCUGGUUUGUGAUCCCACCAGUUCUUGGCUGCUGGGAGGUGGUACUUGAGGCAUAUUAUUAUUAUUAUUAUUAUUAUUAUUAUUAUUAUUAUUAUUAUUAUUAUUAUUAUUGAACUUUACUAACCCGCCUCAAGCCACAAGGAGAGGUGGGUAAGAAAUAAAACUGUUGUUGUUGUUGUUGUUGUUGUUGUUAUAUUUCAUUGGCCAGCUGCACCUGACAUGUGGAUACACAUUUCCUUGUUCCCGACCACCAAGGGCUUUCUGCACCUUUGUACAUGUGUGCAAAAGCACAUUUGUGCAAGAGAGAGCUGAAAUUAGGUGCAUGACUCAGAUGUCUGUCGGCAUCUUGCAGGUCUGAGAUGAUGCCCGUCCAUAACUUUACGUGACACAAGCGACAGCGAUAUGUGUGUGAGCGAUACACACACCCAACACUUUGCACGUGCAGGAUUGUCAACACUGGGUAUUAUAAAUGCACAUUGAAAGCAUCUUAGAGGAAAUGGCCUUUUAAUUUGGUGGCUAAGUGCCUCCUUUCCUGAUUUAACUAUCUUUCCCUUUUGGGAUGGAUGGAUGUGGGAAACGGUGCCCAGGAGUGGGAUGUGGGUCUCUGGCCUUGGAUUGAAGUGCUUUUAGGUAAUUGGAGGCGUCUUUGGUUCUUGAGAUUGGCGGGGGGGCAAAUGCACCGCACCGCAAGGCUCCUCUCCACUUCCACACCAAACUCCCAAAUCCAUCCCGGCACUCUGCAAGACAAGAGCCGUAUUUGUGUUGUCUUUGCAAUCCAACACAACCUUUGGGUGAAUUACCCCCCUCCGCCGCCGCCGCCGGCCCUGGCCAUCUGCCCCCCGGACCACCAUGGCUCCAUGCCCGUAGUCUGCUACCCGUCCAAGGAAUCCAUCCUGAGCCCGGGACCCCCCGAACACACCACAGUGAUGCGCCGCACCACGAUCUUGGCCCUCUUCUCGGUGGUCCUGAUUUACCUGGUCACGGGCGCCUUUGUCUUCCGCCACCUGGAACACCCCCACGAGGUCCGGCAGCAGGUGACACUCCAGGCCCACCUGGACCGGUUCCUACGGCUGCACCCGUGCGUCGCUCCCGAGGAGCUGGAGGACCUCAUCCAGCAAGUCACCGAGGCCAUGGGAGCCGGCGUGAACCCGGUGGUCAACAACACAGGCAUCAACAACUCCCACUGGGAUAUGAGCAGCGCCUUUUUCUUCGCCGGCACCGUCAUCACCACCAUCGGAUUCGGGAACAUUUCCCCCAAGACCGAUGCCGGCCGGCUCUUCUGUAUCUUCUACGCUAUUGUGGGAAUCCCUCUCUUCGGGAUGCUGCUCGCGGGAGUCGGAGACCUUUUGGGAUCCUCUCUCCGGAAAGCCAUUGGCAAAGUGGAAGACGUUUUUUUGAAGUGGCAGGUCAGCGCGACCAUCGUGAGGGUCCUCUCGGCCUUGCUCUUCAUCCUCAUCGGCUGCCUCCUCUUCGUCUCUUUGCCGACCAUCAUCUUCCAGCGCAUCGAAGGCUGGACCCUCCUGGAGAGCAUCUACUUCGUGGUCAUCACACUCACCACCAUUGGCUUCGGCGAUUACGUCGCAGGUGAUACGAAAAGCAGCGAGCACAUCUGGUACCAGCCGAUGGUGGUGGUUUGGAUCCUGCUGGGCUUGGCUUAUUUUGCCUCCAUCCUCACCAUGAUCGGCAACUGGCUGCGGGUCCUGUCCCGGCGCACGAGGGCGGAGAUGGGAGAUUUCACAGCGCACGCUGCCUCCUGGACAGGGAACGUGGCCUCCCAAAUCCGUGUCCCGAACAUGGCGUUUCCAGACAAGCUGCACAGGAUGGGCACCUUGAAAGGGAAGCCGCUGUCGCCGUCAGCCAUCAUUCCGCAAGGGGAAAGCCAAGAGCUGGCGACGCCUCCGGCCCAACCGGAGCCAUUGCCGGCGCCAGCCUUAGCACCAUCACCACCAUCACUGCCUCCGGCACCGUGUCCGAGUCCAUCUCCUCGCACGUUGCAACGUGUGGCCCAAAUGAACGCCCGCAACGCCGCGAUCUUGCGACCCAUCGACUACGCGGGCGAAAACCUGGCUUUCAUCGACGACAGUUCGGAUGCGCUGAGCGACGGAGGGCCGCCUUCUGCCCGGCCGCCCCGCCGCAUGCGUCCUCGGGCCCGACACCGAGUCAACGCCGACGAGCCAGCAGGAUUGCCCAUGAUCCUGCUGAGCCGGACCCGAGACAAAGGCGAGGCCGUUUAAGGACGGGACCAGGAUGGCGCCUGGUUUGGAGCAAUGUCCCUACACGUGGUGCAGUUCCCUUUACUCCAUCGUUGUGCCCAGGAACUCAAGAUGUCUUCGAGCUUCUUUCCACAAGGUGCUAACUGGAGCGUGCCCUUACUCGGAUCUUAUUCCCCCUCUUUUACUGCCAGGUCGACGCCCUUCCUUUUGACGCGGGGAAGUUUGCCUUCUUUUUGCACCCCUUACUUGGGGUGGGGUGGACGCCGUCCCUUCUGCAUGAUGCUCCUGACAGCCUUAUCCCCCCUGUGGCACCCGAGUGUAAACCAGUGAUUCCCAAAGUGGGCGCUACUGCCCCCUGGUGGGCGCUGCAGUGAUCCAGGGGGGCGGUGAUGGCAUCUAUUAGGGCACAGGGGCAGGGCUAGGAGAGGGGCGGGGCCUCUUCCCAAGUGCCGGAGACAAGGCUGAGAAUCUAUACCUCUCCUGAGGCGCCUGUUAGGACACAGGGGGCAGAGCUAGGGAAGGGGGCGGAGCCUCUUUCCAAGAGCCUGAGAUAGGGCUGAGCCUCUAUACCUCUCCUGAGAGGCCUUUUAGGACUAAAGGGAGGGGCUAGGGGUGGGAGUGGGGCCUCUUCCCAAGAGCCUGAGACAGGGAUGAGCCUCUAUACCUCUCCUGAGAGGACUUUUAGGACUAAAGGGAGGGGCUAGGGGCCUCUUUCCAAGAG